UGCUGGCCCGCCUUUCUAAAAUGAUCAGUGCACACGCUGUCGGCUGUUUCCUCGGCAGUAUACGAUUUGCUUUAAAGAGGCAAUGAAGGACAUACUUUUACUGCUGGUUCUGCUCAAUGCUCAAACUCUUAAGGUCUGCUCUCAGCCCUAUCAGGCAGAUCUAGAUGGAAACUGUCUAAACUCAACAACAGAGUACCUGUUGGACGGUUCAAACCUGUGCUGCAAGAAAUGCCCCCCUGGACAGCGGCUGACACAAGAAUGCUCUGAAACUACGGACACCGUGUGUGAACAAUGCUCAACGGGCCAGUACGUGGAGAGCUGGAACUACGUUCGCAACUGCUUCACCUGUUACAAAUGCAAAAAGGCCAAAGGUCUGCAGGAUGCUCGGAGCUGCUCCUCUACUGCAAGGUCAAAGUGCGUUUGCCAACCUGGGAUGUAUUGCAUCAUGGAAUUUGGUGACCCGUUCUGCACAGAAUGUAGAAAGUACAAGCAAUGCAGACUCGGUUCUGGAGUGUCCGUGCCAGGGACAGUCAACAAAGAUGUGAGGUGUGGACGGUGCCCGAGCGGGACGUUCUCUGACACAGUCUCCUCCACGGGCCCUUGUCUGCCCCACACUAACUGUCAUGGGAGGGUGGUUGUCAGAAAUGGCAACGUUACCUCAGACACCAUGUGUGGCCCUGAGGCUUUUAGAGCCACAUUGUCGCCUCAAGCCUUCACACAGGGGCCUCACGCUGAGCUUGUGUUCACGAUGACAAGCACAGUGAUGAGUACAGUCUCAGUAACCUCAGACUCCACGGCGCCACGUAAAAUGAAAGACACCACACUGUCUAUUAGCGCGUCUUUUUCAGAGGCAUUGUUCAACUCUUCCACAAAAACCCCACCACCAAGCACAGUGCCUGACCAUACACUGGCUCCAGUCAUUGCCGGUGUCAUUGGGUUGUCACUUGUUUUCAUCGUAAUCAUUCUGCUGUUCUAUUGUAAAGCAAUCUGGAAGAAAGAAGCAGCAAGAUUUAAUUCUAAAGUAGAUGCAAAUGGAAAUUGUGAAAGUGGUGAUAAAAUCAAUCCGGAUUAUUUGGGGGAAACCCAGCAGAAUUAUAUUACAGUAGCCUCACCAGAACAACAGUGUCUGCUGCAGAGAGGAGAAGAAGCCUGCAGUGACCACAGUCAGUCCAGGAGCAACACUGACACUUUGACCCGAACAGGCACUUCCAGCAGCCAAGAGUCCUUCGGCCCUUUGCAAUCCACCGUAGCUCUUCACAAUCCACACUCUGCCCUGUCAGGGCCCAUGACUUUACUUUCCAGUACAGAGACUGUCACCCCGCAGCCCAGCCUCCCCACACAGUCCUCCUCUCAACCCUCCAGCCCACAGGUCAUGACCCCUGUGACCACCAGCCCACACGUCAACGUCAACAUCACUUUCCACAUUAAAAACAGGUCUUGUGGGACGCCGUCUGUCACGCCCACAGACGCAAUGCAAGUUGACUCUCUCUCGUUUGGAGAGGAAGAGGAGUCAUUUAGCAUCCCGCAUCAAGAAGCUGGCAAACAAUCACUGAUGUCAGUGCAGGAGAGUGAAAGCUGCAGUGUAUGAAGAGUCACCUGUGUGAAACACUGAUUCAAUUUAAUUCAGUUUAUUUUGUAUAGCCCAAAAUCCCAAAUCCCGAAUUUUCCUCAGAGGGCUUUACAAUAUGAACACAUACGACAUCCCUGUCCCAGGACCUCACAUCGGAUCAGCAACAACUUUCACGGGGGAAAAAAGGAAGAAACCUUCAGGAGGGCAACAGAGGAGGAUCCCUCUCCCCAGAUGGACAGCAAUAUAGAUGUCAUGUGUACAGAAUCAACAGUGUUACAGAGUUACAACCCAAUGAAUAUGACAGAAAUUAUGAAUGAUGAUAGUAGGCUUGAUCCAGAUUUCCACAAUCCAUGUAAACAGAAGGAGGUAGGGAUGAAGGGAUGAAGGGAUGAGGGGCAUCAGCAGGAGGCAAAGCAAAGGAGGCGAGGCCCAGGCCAGGGGCAUAAUGCAGGAAGCAGGGGCAAGGAGUCAAGGGGCAGGAGCCAAGACCAGCUCCAGACACAGCCAGGUCCAACAGGACAGUCUUACGUCUACUCUUAAAUGAAGUGACUGCCUCCUGGAUUGAAAGUGGAAGCUGGUUCCAUAAAAGAGGAGCUUGAUAACUGAAGGCUCUGGCUCCCAUCUUACUUUUUAGGACUCUAAGAACCACAAGUAGCCCCGCAUUUAAUGGGCGCAGCUCUCUAGUGGGGCAAUAUGGUACGACACGCUCCUUAAGAUAUGAUGGUGCAUCACCAAUCAAGGCUUUGUAGGUUAGGAGAAGAAUAUUAAAUGUGAUUCUUGAUUUUAUGGGUAGCCAGUCCAGAGCAGCUAGUGCAGGAGGAAUGUGAUCUCUUUUCUUAGUUUUAGUGAGAAUACGAGCUGCAGCAUUCUGGAUCAACUGAAGAGAUUUAAGAGACGUAUUAGAGCUGUCUGAUAAUAAGGAGUUACAGUAAUCUAGUCUAGAAGUAACAAACGCAUGAACAGUUUUUCUGCAUUGCUUUGAGACAAGAUGUGCCUCAUUUGUGUCAGGAUGCAACAUUGCAAACAAUCUGACUUGCAACCUGAUGCACUUCAUAGCAUGAGGACAACGAGACAACCUUAACCCCUAAUUCUGUUUCCAUGUCAUAGCCAUCAAUGUUCAGUGUGUUUAUAUAUGUAUAUACAGUAAAUAAAGAUGUAAAUAUA